GCACCAGUUACUGCGCUGUCCUGGACGUUGGUCCUAUGGCCAGAUUUUGCCGUGGGCAGGGAGUUGCCUGUCACGACUCUUUGUGAGACCCAUCAAACUUUCUGUCCUAAUGCGAAGAUCUGAAAAAUCCCUGAAUUUCCUGACAGCAUCAGAAUUAACUGUAUACAAAGCUGAAUUUUAAUCAAAGUUCAUAAACCGUUACUGCCCAUUUAGCUAACAGGAAAUACAGCAAAAUCUGAUUGAAUCAGCUCUGGUAUUUUCAUCUGAGCUUUAUGAAACUAAUGGCCUGUCCACUUUAUGCAAAGCCUUUUAUUCUCACUGAGCAAAUAUUAUUUCUAAUUAUCUGCCUAACAUGUGUACAAAAAGUGAUAAAAGCAGUGCAGGUAGUCACACAGAGCGUGGUGGGGGGGAUUGGCGUGUAGCCUGGAUAGCACAAGUAACGAAAAGAAGCACAAAGUUACAGAAUAAAUACAAAUGCAAACAUAGCCAUCACUGAGAAAUAACCUUUCCUGCUAGCUGUAAUUAAACACUCAAUAGAGACACUUCCUUUUAAACACAACUUGCAAGGAAAAAAACCCUUAGGCAGCCUUGACUGAAGAAAAUUUUCCAUCCUCUGGUAGUUGUUGUGUCCACGUUCUUUCCACAUAAAGUCUACUGAAACUGUGAGUAUGUCUAAUUAAACAAAACCCAUGUGAGAAUACUGAUAUCAUCAUAUGCUGUAAACCAGCAUUUUACAGCGCAAGUGCCUAACCUAAUGCAUUUACCCGUGCUUCCAAAAUUCCAGCUGGGGGCGGGAGGUCACUGUUGCUGCUACUCCCCAGUGGUGCUUUGGGGGUUUCCAGUCCCCCUGUCUGCAGGGGUUCUCACACCGUGUUUGCUCCCGCCUGCUGAGAGCAUCUCCCAGCAGUGUGCUGAGCAGCAUGACUAAUGGCUCACCCAUGGUCACCCUUUCAUCCUCUCCCCAGGGCGAUGAGCACGAGCACGUGCAUCAAGCACCUUGUUUUUGCAGGGUUGCUUGGGGUGGGUUGGUUGGUUUGCUUUGCUUUUGCUGUUGUUUCUUAUUUUAUCUAAACUUACGUACUUAACUAAAGUUGCACGCUUGGCUGCACAGGAAGAACAAGGUCAAAGACUUGCUGCUUGUGCUUGGGGCAGGCAACACUGAGUUUUUCAGGUCAUGGUGAAGUUGGUCCCAUAGUCAUGGAUCAGCCCCAGGAAAGUUGUGCCUGACUUGGGGGUCCUAGGUGCUGAAUACUUUAGAGAGAGAGAUGAAGAAAUCAGGGCCAUUCCCACAAAGUAAUACUGAGAGUGUAAGAGUAGCCAGGACAAAUAAAUUUUUGCAAGCAGCAUUUUCAACUACACAAUUCAUGCAUCCUUAAUUUCUACAAGUCAGAUUUUCCCCAUGUUAUUUUCCUUUCCUGUAGUGUCUUCAUCAAAGCUAUUCAAAAUUACUUUGUAAAUAUGAAUUCACUCUCUCAGACUUUCCUCACAGGUAGGUCACAAGGUAGUAUUGCUCUGUGAAGAGAAAUGGAAAACUGAGACCUAGAAAUUUGGGACUGAGCGCAAUUCACUAACAUAAGCACUUGCAUGAAGAAAUGCCAUGGGGUGUCGAAGAGCUCUAGUGGGGCUAAGAGGCCUGAGGCACGUAAGGCAGACCCAGCAGAGCCUCGCAGGGCACCCUAGGAACUGAAGGUUGUGGUCCUGACAGCUCAAAGAGAAAUCUAGUUUAAAUCCCCAUCCCCACCCUAGCAAAUUUGACAAUGGUCCCCUGCUAUCUCCCCCCAGGCUUGUUCGUCCAUUCAGCUGUGAAGAACAGCCAUGAGGCUCCCAGUAGAACAUUCAGCAGUGAAACAGUUAACACCACUCUUUCAGGUUUCCUUAGAUUUCCAAGUUAGGUUGAAGUGCUCGUGCAAUCCAUCACUUCUCACAGCAGGCUUUUGCAUUCACGCUCCUUAAACUGCUAUCCUGAAGUCUGAAGAUUUUAUUUUGAGUAAGAGCUUAGGGCCUGGAGUUGUAAUUGGGCUGCAGCUGAGAAGGAAUCCACACAUUGCAGUCAUUUAUCUGGCCACAAAAUCACAUCAUAAAUAGAGCCCUGCCUACAGGAUACCACUUAUCUGAUGAGGAGGUGUUAAGACUGCCUCAGUUAUUACCAUUUGUACGUGGUCUGAAAAACUAAGUCAGAGGAAAGAAAGGAGACAUAAGACUUAGCAACUCUUAUUUGCAUUAACUUGGCCAGCCAUUUCUCCCUUUGCCGAGGUUCAGAUAGGGAAAUGGAAAAAAAAUUAACUGCUAGGUUAGUAAGCUGGUAGCACAGUGCCAUCCAUCAGUAGAACAUAAGGUUGUUAGGCAAAUCAGUGUUUCUGUGGUACGUACCUCACAAGACUAAAAAUUAAGUUUAGAAGCGUCAUUUCUCCCUAGGAGCUCAGCGAGCAUAGGACAUCCACUGAGAUGGUGAGAGGAUUGCUUGGAAGACAGCAGGGCCUUAUUGAAAAGAGAUUUGGGGGAGAAGGUGUAGCAUACAGAGAGCACAGGGCAAUGGCACACAUUUUCUCUAGAAAUAUGAAUAGUGCAGGGCUUGAAGAAUAGAUUAGGUGACGCGUUAGAGGGGAAGUGAGGAUGAGCAGUAAAAAAGGGGACUGGGCCGGGCUGUACUUUCCAGCUCUCUCUGGUGAGAUCAAACAAGCACCACCAGUCCUCUUCCAGUGAGUCACUUGUGAAAUUCAUGUUCCUCUCAUACUAAAAGCUUCUAGGCUGCAAACUGUGGACUAGAUCAUUACAAUGAUAAUGUCAAGCACAUUCAAGUACAGAAAGCAGAAGAUAAAUUCCCUUCCUUGAACAGUUUUUCAUAUUUAGAGCCAAGGAAGAGAAACAAUGGAGGAUUCCCCAAUACAACUCCAGAGAGGACAAAUCAUUGUCUUCCGCUUGUGUCUAAGUCCUACCUUUGUUAACAGUCCUGUUUUCAGAGUUCUGCCCCCCAAAUGUGUGCCACAGCACUUGGUGGAAGUAUAUGCAAGCCCGGCAGGUUGUGUGAAUGUCUGCAGUGCCUCUCCAGACAACCAUAAUGACGUUGGGGCAAUUUGACCCCGUGGCAGGCCAGAACAGCUUUUUCCACCUUAUGCACGUUGACAGCUUUUCUGCAAGAGCCAGAACACUGAACCUAGCACUGCUUGCUUGUUUUCCAGGUCGUGCACUGCUGGUCCUCCUGUUAUCUGCAACAGUGUCUCUCCUGGGUGGGUUGAUAUUUGGAUAUGAGCUGGGGAUUAUCUCUGGUGCACUGCUGCAGCUGCAGAUAGACUUUCACCUCAGCUGCUUCAAGCAGGAAGUUCUGGUGAGCUCCCUACUCAUUGGAGCUCUCCUUGCCUCGCUGGUUGGGGGGAUCCUCAUUGACCACCAUGGAAGGAGGAGAGCAAUCCUCGUCAGCAACUUGGUCCUGUUGUUUGGCAGCCUUAUUCUGACAUUGGCAAGGUCAUUUAUUGGACUGGUCAUUGGACGCAUGACCGUGGGCUUUGCAGUCUCUGUCUCCUCCAUGGCCUGCUGCAUCUACGUCUCAGAAAUGGUGGCUGCUCAUCAGCGAGGGCUGCUGGUGUCUCUCUACGAAGCAGGCAUCACCGUAGGCAUCUUACUGUCAUAUGCGCUGAAUUACAUCUUUGCAGAUGUGACUGAGGGGUGGAGGUACAUGUUUGGACUGGCGAUCGCCCCAACUGCCAUGCAGUUCCUUAGCAUCCUCUUUCUCCCAGUGAACCCUGUUAAAUUAAACUCUUGGGACUCAGACUCCCAGAAGGGUCUCAUUCAAUUGCAGACCACUGAAGACAGAGAGGUAGCAAAGCAGGAGCCAUAUAAGGAGAAGCAUUACUCUUUUCUUGACCUUUUCAGGACCAGAGACAACAUGAGAAGCCGGACUCUGGUGGGUCUGGGACUGGUGCUCUUCCAGCAAUUCACUGGGCAGCCCAACGUCCUGGGCUACGCUUCCAAAAUCUUCCACUCAGUGGGAUUCCAGAGCAAUUCUUCUGCGAUCCUGGCCUCUGUUGGGCUGGGGGCGAUCAAGGUGGUCGCCACGCUCGUUGCAAUGGUGUUUGCAGACAAGGCUGGCCGGAGAGUGUUGCUCAUUGCUGGCUGUGUAGUGAUGGCAGUCUCUGUCACCACCAUUGGCCUCACAAGCUGCACCCCCCCGCUAGCCAUGGCCAGGGACUGUAAGGCAGCUGCAGACCCCAAUGCCUCCCGCACGCAGCAUCCUGCAUCCUCCCAGCCCCCUAUGUCACACAUCCCACCCGCAUUAGGGGCUGGCGGAAGCCAGGCAGGCCCUGGUUUUGCCACAAGGGGUGCACAAAGCAGAGGCGUCCUUACUGGUUCUUCCCACGCUCAGAAAGUGGACUUGGCAGAUCAGUCCAAAAAAGAGACAGUGGAAAACAUGGGGUCUCCUGCCAGUGGAGCUGCCUUUACGGAACAUAUGGUUUUAAAUUGGAUUAUGCUGCUGAGCAUGAUGGCUUUUGUGAGCGCCUUCUCUGUUGGAUUUGGACCAAUGACCUGGCUAGUCCUCAGUGAGAUCUACCCUGCUGCGAUAAGAGGAAGGGCCUUUGCCUUCUGUAACAGCUUUAACUGGGCUGCUAAUUUACUGAUCAGUCUCUCGUUCCUGGACCUUAUUGAUGCCAUUGGUUUCUCUUGGAUGUUUCUUCUCUAUGGACUGAUGGGAGUGAUGGCUGUUAUAUUUAUUUAUCUCUUUGUUCCGGAAACGAAAGGACAGUCCUUAGAGGAGAUAGACCAGCAGUUCUCACGGAAACGGUUGUGGAAAGGAAACGUGUUUCGACCAAGACGUGGAAGAAGGACAAGCUGCACACAUGCUCAGUACCAGAGAGUGGAGUAUGCCAACAGCACGUGAAACAACUGACUUACCACCAGUGUCGUCCUGACAAAAGGAGUAGCCUCUGGGGCACCAGGAGAUACCUCAUCAAUGGCCUUUAGCUGGUGAUCCCUGUCCACAGAAAGGUUUCACUGUAGUGCCUUAAACUUUGGGAGAGUAACAGCAUCUUUCCUUUGGGUCCUUGGAGAAUGCUUGGUUGCAGGCAUGGAACAUGUCCUUCCUUUGAUAUCCUUUAUUGUUCAAGGGACACCAUAGUCUGUGCCUGCCAUCAUUUAAGAGAUUAAUGGUUUUGUAUGUGGGAAAUAAAGCACAA